UUUUCAUCUUUCCAUUUGGAUUAAGAAUGGUUUAAUUUUUGGUUUCAUUAAAUUUAAGAUAUAAUUGCAAAAUAUAUGUAUAUAUUAAUAACUUAAAGUCAAAAACAACCUUUGAAUGAUUACGGGGACAUUAAUGUCAUCGGCGAAUUGGAUUACGCGCCCAAAAAUAAGCAAUGAAGAUGAUGCAGUCGAUUCGUCAGUAGUAUCACCAGCACAUGUAUCAAAUGACAAGGAUGUGAAGGACAAUAAUAAUAAUACGUCAUCGAACAAUGAGGCUAAUGGACGCUCAGCAGCUCUCGAGAGAGCAUAUGUGCAUGAAGUUUAUGAAAAUUGUGAGGAACCGGCUGGAACCAUACGACCUAAAGUUGCGCAAUUCUUAGCAGGUCUUGAUCCAGGCUCUUUUGUAUGUGAUGUUGGAUGUGGAAAUGGUCGUUAUCUUACAGCUGGUUGCAAUACUUCCAUUUAUUCAAUUGGCGUAGAUAGAUGCUGUCGAUUAGCUAAACUUGCUAGUAGUUCUGGUGCUGAGGUCGCUGUUUGUGACAAUUUAGAACUACCGUUUAAAGACGAAAGCUUUGAUGCUGUGUUAUCAUUGGCUGUCAUUCAUCAUUUUGCCACAACCGAACGUCGAGUAAGUGCAAUAAGAGAACUUGCAAGAGUGUUACGAAUAGGCGGUCGUAUGAUAAUUACUGUUUGGGCAUUAGAACAAAAAUCAAGACGAUUUGAGUCGCAAGAUGUUUUAAUACCUUGGCAAUCAUCAAAAUCUAAAAACAUAGUCACAACAUCAGAUGACGAAGAUGAUGAUGAAUUUCUUCCUCCUUACCAUGCAUAUACAUACACAGAAGAUUCAAUACAUUCAAAUUCAAGUCGAUCACAAGGUGAUGGAGAUAGCUCAAGCUUAUCUUCAUCAUCCCCAAGUGAUACAUGUUAUAGCUUUGUAAGGCGUGCACUACAAAAGUUGGCUGGUGGAAAAAAAAGUCCAUGGUUUUUAGACUCAUGGAAUUCGAAGGAUACAAAAAAUGACAGCAGUUUAGAUUAUGAAGACGCUAAGGAUCUUCCAAUUGAAUUACGUCGUCUAGAAGAUUUUGAUGACAUUCCGGAACCACUUUCAUCUGCAGGAUUAAAGAGUCGUAGCUUAGGAAGCAUCUUGAAUCCUCCACCAAAGCAAAUAGUUCGCUCGCGAUCAAGUGUUCCCAGUUUAGGGGCUGAGGUGAAGCAGCCUCAAUUACUUAAUGAAACAGCGCAAAAUUCAAAUGUGAAUUCAGUAUUAUCUACGUCAGUAACUACAAGCCAAGCACCAUCCAAACGUCCUAAACUUAUAAAACAGAAACAAUCGAUAACGGAUGAUUUGGAUUUAUCGUUUGAAGAAAAUGUAUCAUAUAAGCACAUAGUACAUAGUGAUAUGAGAACUCAACUCCUUCGAAAGCAAAGUUCUCUGAACGAAGAACUAAUGGCUGAAAGUAGAAUUCGUGAAAAAGAGAGAAUAAGAAAGAAGAUACAGAAGCAAAUGUCAUUAAAUGAGACAUUUCUCUGUCGCUCAGUGUUUACGAAACGUCUACAAGUGAUUCGAGAGGGUUUCACAACGAAAAUCAAAACAUCCACUGGAAGUUUAGAACGUGUUACAAAGAAUGGAUUAGUCAAAAUCAUGCAAAAUAUUAAAGGUGCUGGUACUUGUAGUUCUGUUCCAACUGAUAAUCCUUUGGUAAAUCGCAAUAGCGAGGUUAAGACAAAUAAAAACGGACCUAUUUCCCGAAAACUGUCAACGAGCAACUCCUGUGAAAAAAUAAGUUUAAGUAAUAAUAGUAAAACUGUUUUUAGUGGAGAUGUUGAAAAAAUGCGAAGAGAAAGCGGAUCGGACUCAUCAAAAGACAGUAGUUUACAAAGCGACACUAGUAUAGAAUCGGAGGAUAGCUUUGCAUCUGUGAUCUACAUACCUAAAAAGUCAGAAAUUGUAUCAAAUAAUAAUAAAAUACCUUCAGUGCCAACUUCGCCAUUGAUAAUGCCUUGUCCCACGCCAAUUCAUUCACCAGCUCCGAUAACAAAUCAAAGACAAUUUUCAUCUACAACUGAGGAAUUUACCCGUUUUAUAUUCGAGGGUCCAAAACUACUGGAAAAUGUUGAUAAGCAGAUAACAACAAAGACGGUACAAGAUGCAAGCAUUAAGAAGCAAUCGACAACGUUGCAAGUAACAAAUUCUGGAAUGAAAUCAAAAAUAAGCACAAUAAUUACACCACCUACGCCAACAUUAAUUUCAUUGGAUAAAACAGAGAAUUCCUCUUUAUCCAAAAAGAUGGUACCGAAAGUAACUCGUGAAUCGAUACGUGACUUACCAAUAAUCCCAAAGUUUAGAAAGCUAUCUAGCUUUCCGAUUGUAAGACGUAUAACUUCAUCGAAUUCAAACAUUGUAGUGCCAAAAUUAUCAUCGCUGGAGUUAUUUAAUCCCGAAACAGAUGAUUUAGAUAGUGAUUCAAGUGAUGAACCGUCAUCUCCUGAUUCUAUUGAUAGCGUAAUAAAUGCUUUGCAAACACAAGCAACAAAUACUCCAACCGAACCGUUAUUGCAAAAUAUGCAAUGUGAAAACAGUUCGUCAGCACAAGAACUCAUAUCAAAUAAUACUAAUGAAUCCAACGAACCCUCAUCACCAAUAGCACCAUUGAUUCAAGCUGCAGCUGUUGUAGCAAACAAAUUAGAAAAUGCAGUUGAAAUGGUAAUUCGAGAGCAAGAAGCAAGUUCUGGAACAAAUGAUAUAGCAUCAAAUAUCAUUAUUAACAAAAAUGAUAUUAAUCUCAAUGUAAAAAUAAAUAGUCAUUAUAAUAAUAGCAUCAAUAUGAAAAAUUUUAAUAAUAAUAAUAAUAAUCACCAAAAGACUAUCAGUGAUGAAUCUAGUGAUAAGUUAGACAGUUGUAAAGAACAUUUGGUAGAAUUUGCUGAAAGAUUGAGUGCUCAAUUAUUAAAAGAAUUAGAUAAUGAAACAUUAAACAAUUAUGAGCACAAAUAUGUUGGUGAUAUUUAUUCGGAAGCUAAUGAACCUUUCGAUGAUCCUUACGUUCGCAAAAUUAAUGGUGAUAUUAAAAAUUUGAGUUUAUUGCGUGAUGAACUUCGUGAAAGGCGAUUAAUGUUGGCAAAUUUAAGUCCUCAAAACCGAGAUUUAAGUACACAGCAGCAAGAUUAUGAUUAUUCUCAGCACUAUUCAAACAUUACUCCAUCAACUAUACAAGAAUUAGAAGAAGAUGAUUCACCUCCGUUAUCGGCAAAAAUUCAAGCAAAUUUAUCACAAAACUCUAAUUUAAUCUCAAAUCUAGGAAGCUCACCACAAGCAGUAAAGAAACAGCAACAAAAAAUUAGUGAUUAUAUAUUAGAAGAAAAUGAAGAGAAUGAAGAUGAUGCAAGUUCGAGAGCUGACGAAGAUUCAAGCUCAAGAUCACGGAUCAGCUUUAGUUUAAGUUAUAAUGCAUCGAAUAACAAUUAUAGUAACACAAACGAUACCGCACUGUUAUUACAAGAGGAUAGUUUUGAAGAGAAUGAUAACAGCAGUUCUUUUGGUCUACAACAAAUGAAGCAGAACUUGUUAAAAACAAUUAAAUAUCCACCAAAGUUAAAUGAUAGUAAUAACAAUAGUAACUCCAAUUCAUGUGAAUCGUGGACUAAUAGUAAUGCAGCAUCACUUGAUAGUCCAUCGGUUGGUGGUGGUUCAGCAACGCAUCAUGUUUUUCAUCAUGUGUUUCGGGAAGGUGAACUCGAUUCUCUUAUUAAUAAGCAUGUUAAUAAUUUACAUAUUGUAUCAUCGUAUUACGAACGAGCAUCUUGGUGCGUUGUAUGUGAAAAAGUGCAAGUUUGGACCAUAUGAAAUAAGAAUAUUUGCAAACGUGUUACUUUUAUAUCUAACAGUAUAAAUAUUUUUUUGAAUUAUUAUUAUUAAUAGAAACUUUCGAAUUUCUCUAUUAUUAAAAUCAGAAAAAAAAUAAUAUUACAGAGUUUACAAAGCUCUUUAUUUAUAGAUGAAGGAACAUUUAGUAAACUCAAAAAUUCAGCUUUAACUAUUUAUAAAUAUAAUCUGUAAAUGACGAUUAGAAACUUAAACUUAAAAGAAUCAUCGAAUAUUUUCCUUAUGAUUGAUUGAAGGCAGUCGGCAAUAUUUAUAAGUUCUCUAAGAAAUGUGAACAGUCAUCAAUGAAUAUUUAAAUUAAAAAUUUUAGAAUGAGUUCAAUAUCAACUUACAAUAGCUGUUCUAAUUGACGUAUGCAUCGAAACAGAAGUAAACGAAAAACUUAUUUUGAUCUUAAUGUGAAAGAUUUUAAAUUAUUAUUGUUUUUCAAUAAAGGUUUAAAAUUUUCAAGUUAUAAAAACAUUAACCGAGAUUAUUCAUUCUGUAAUCAUCAAAAUACAUCGAUAGUUUAAGGCCAAAAUAAUAGUAAACUACCAAAUACUGUUCUCUUUCCCAUAUAAGCCUUUAUGUAAAUAAUUUACUUUGUUGAAUGAUCAAAACAAAACGUUACAAAUUUAAUUUACUGAAAAUAAAUAAAGAAAAAUCAAGAAAUUCGAUAAAUUAAGAAGAAUUCAAGAUGUAAUCCGAAUUAGAACAAAAUAUUAAAGUAUAUCCAUAAUAGAAUACAUUUUUUCUUAUCAAUUAAUAAAAAUUCAAAGUGACAAUUCACUUACUCUCAAAAAAUAUACGAACAUAAACAUUAAUAAAUUGAAAACUAAAAGAAAAUUAAAUGUUUGAUUGAGUUUUGAAUUUUUGAAGGAAUUCGGUAGGUCGAAAAGGACCCUAACAGACAAGGGGAUUCUCUUGAUUAAGAGUACAGUUGAGAAUACGCUUUUUUCAACACUCUCUCAAGAUCCUAGUAAAGAUAAAAUUAUAAAUAACUUGCAUGCAAGUUUUUACUUCAUAAUCUUUUAAAUGAUCUCAAGACCAUGAUCAGAAGAGUUUAUAAAAAGCAUGAUCAUUCACAUCCUCAUGAGAUUAUGCUAAAAUUUUGCUUUCUUUAAACUUCACAAGCGCUAGCAGAAAUCACUAGUUUAGGUUCUAUAUAUUUCACAAGAGCAAGCAGAAAUCACUAUUAUAAGUAAUUAUUUUGGAUUUUGUAUAGUUUAAAUUUGCUUUCCGC